CGUCUGUUCUUUUUUUUUUCCCUCAGCCCAUCCGGAGCGUCGGGCCAGAGAUGGUCCAUCCCAGGAUCAAUUGAAGCCCCACUGCUGACCAAUUCCCAUUCCCAAACCUCUCGAUCAAAGAAUCGCCCGCUGCGUCGUCGCCGUCCACCUCUCUCGCCGCCGUCCUUUUCCCUUCCUUUUGUUCGUCAGUUAAUUCCUUGUCCCUUCGCCAUGUACCGCACAACCCUGCGCUCGGCCUCGAGGCCUGUAAUUGCCAGCCUGCGCUCCACAGCCCGCGCCGCUCCCCGACGCUUCAACUCGACCGCCGCGGCGCCCAGCAACAGGCCCGGAUCAUGGAAGGGCUCUGCUGUGCGAUGGGGCCUGGCCUUUGGCGCCGUCUACUACUACAACACCAGCCCCGUCUUCGCUGACGACGCCGCCCCACAAACCGUUCCCGCCCCCGCCGCCUUCUCCAACGACGACCUGCCGACCGUCGACUCGAUUAUUGAGGAGAAGCGCAAGCAGAUCCAGGCCAAGGCUCCGGAGUCCGCCGAGCCCGCCACCGACGCCCAGAACACCGCUGUCGCCGGCUCGCCCCUAGAAGAGCUCGAAGAGGAUGCCGGCCAGCAGGGUGCCUUUAACCCCGAGACUGGCGAGAUCAACUGGGACUGCCCUUGCUUGGGUGGCAUGGCUGACGGCCCUUGCGGAGAGGAGUUCAAGACGGCCUUUAGCUGCUUCGUGUACUCGGAACAGGAGCCCAAGGGCAUGGACUGCAUUGACAAGUUCCAGGGCAUGCAAGAGUGCUUCAAGAAGUAUCCCGAGAUUUACGGUGCCGAGCUUGCCGAUGACGAGGACGGUGCUCCUACCCCCGACUUUGGCGAUGACGAACCUGCCCCCGAUGCUCAAAAGGUCCAGGCCGAGGUUGAGAAGCCUGUGGAGGUCGCUGCCCCCGUGUCAACUGCUGAGACUACCGCCGAGGUGAAGGAGGAGGUUAAGCCGGUUGAAAAGGUUGAGGAGCACGAUGGGCCGAAAAAGGAGUAAAAUGAUCACCACCAGGCAUGAGGAUGGGUGUACGAACUGUAAAAUAUACUGGGUCCGUGUGGCGUCAGCGAGGAUCUCAUCUCUGUACCAACGUUGUAUAAUGAGAGAUACAAAAGGCAGUGGGUCAUAAUAGAAGGCAUCACAUCUCAAGGUCGGG